AUGCUAAAACUACCAAAAGGCCUUAAAAAGAAGAAAAAAGGGAAAAAGUCAAAACGUAAAGGUGAAGAAGAGCUUUUUACAGAGGAAGAACUAGAAAAAUAUAGAAGAGAACAUCAACAAGCACAGUCUGAAGACGGAUCGUCUAAAGAGAAUGAAGAAUGGUCAAAGUUUAAAGAUUUGACAACUGGGGUUGACUCUGUUUUAAAGAAAACUCAAGGUGAUUUAGACCGCAUAAAGUCGACGUCAUUUUUUCAACGAAUACCAGCAGGUCCUAAAGAAGUCAAACCUGUAGAGAAAAAAAACACACAAAGACCAGUAGUCGAAGUCACUGAAGCAGACUUCCCUCAAUUCAAGCAAGCUGCAGCUGCCGCUGACGACGAAGGAGAUAAAAGUGACUACGGAGUUACUGACGAUGAAUCUGAGGAGGAUGAUCAAGACGACAUCUUCGACACUUCGUAUGUAGACGCAGUUGAAAGAGGAGAAGUCAAAUUAGCUUACGUGCCUGACUCACCUGAAGAUUUCCAAGACGAUGAUAUAUUUGACACAUCACAUGUUGAUGCUUUAAUUAAAGGACAAGAAACAAAAAGUGUCAAAGGCAAGAAGGUAUUAGAUAUCGGUGUUGCAGUUGAAGUUUUAACUGGUAGGAUCGAUAAUGUAACAGUCACUACUAAAAGGCCGAAGAGAAUAAUACCAGGUGAUUUGCUAUUCGAAGAUAAAGAACAAGCAGCUGUUGCCCAAGUCAUAGUAAGUGAACAAGUGGAAAAAAGUAUCUUAGAUACUGAAGCGGAUAUACCAAUAACUACACCUAUAGAUUUGAGCGUCUCUCUUCAUACUUCAUUAAUACAGCAAAAUAAAGCUAAUCUUCUAGAUGAGAAAAAUGCAGAAGCUGAUUUAACAAUAACUGAUGUAAACGUUGAAGAAGAUGAAUUCGAUGAAUUCACACAAUUAGCUACAGAAUCAUUAGAAAGUGGCCAAGAGGUACUUAAGCUGCAAGAAAACGAAUUCAAAGUUGAGCCAGUUCUACAAGAGUCUUGGUCUGCCUUCGAAGCAGAUAAAAAUCAAUCUGUAUUUGCGGAAUGUAUCGUAGAAGAUCAAAUUGAUGUUGUUGAUCCAUAUUUAGAUCAAGACGAUCCAUUUGAUACCAGUUUUGCAGAUGCUGUAAUUCCUACACAUCAGGCGGUACCUACAAAAGAAGCAAUUAUUCUUGAAGAAGACGACGACGACUUUGAUCCAAGGGCAGAAGAAGUUAGAGUGAAAUUAAAUAAUAGAAGAAAAUCUUCUGUACGUAUUCAUCUAACUGACCCUUCUGGUUUAAGAGAAUCUAUUACAUCGGAUGAUCUAGUAGAAAACAAUAAAGAAGAAACUCAAAAAUCUCGCGAUUUACUAGGAGGUAGUACCACUGAUUUAACACAACUAGGAGACUCACCAUUAAACCCAGUAGAUAUAAACACUAUCGGUGAGGUUGAUCCAUUUGAUACAACUAUUGUUGAUAAAAUUGUAGCACCAGGUAAAAUUGAAUUGAAACUUUUGGAGCAGGAGUUAAUCGGAAAUCAAACACCAGUUUAUCGUGUGCCAAGUGAUCCUGAUUUCGACCCACGCUCUGACGAAACACAAAAGGUUGAAAGACGUGCUUCUAGGCCAGAAAACCUUGUAGUCAGUAAAAGUGUGGUUUUUAAUGUAAAAACAGCUGAGAACAACACGUUAGAUCCCAAAACAAAAUCUAUAAAGCCUUUGACUCCAUAUUAUACGCGAGAUAUUUCAAUCACUGAAGAAAUUAACGAGGAAUCAGAAGCUGCUGACGUCAUCACUGACACUCUCACUCGCACUCGGUCAGAUGAAGAAAUAACACCAAAACAAAGCUACCAAAAUAAAAGAAGACAUUCAGAAUACCCACAGUCUGAUUUUAGUAAGGCAAAUUUAAAAUCUACUGAUUUAUUGCAAAGUGCACAAAAUGAUAUCCCAGUCAAAACAUUGACGCCAUCUGAACCACAACAGACCAUUAAACAUAUUGAAAGUGAUCCGUUCGAUACUUCUUUUGCGAGUAAUAUUGAGCCAAGUCGAACCGAGUUAAAAUUAUUGGCAAAAGAAUUUUCUUGUGAAGAAUCUCAAUUUGAAAGUGAGGAGAAACCAGAUUUACUUGAUCCUUCUGACGAUAUUUUCCAAGUAAAGGCACUUACUCCUGAACCUUCCGAUACCACGAAGUUACCAGAAAACGACUUUGAUCCUUUUGAUACUUCAUUUGCAAGUGACUUAAAUCCAGGUCGAACGGAACUGAAGCUGUUAGAAUCCGAGUUCUUAAAUUGA